CAUCCGUUGAAGCCUCUCGUACGGCCAUGAACCCCCUCACCGCUUGGCCCUCGCCCGAGGUUCCCGGCUUUUAGCUUCUGGAAAGUAUAACCCCCGGCAGCUCACAUGCUUCAAUGACUACACAGGCCAGACCACCUGGAGAUCAAGCUCCAAUGUCCCGCGAACCCAGCAAGUCGCUGCCACCCAAACAAUGUCGCCUGCAGCACCGACGCCGAAGUCCAAGCCAGCGAUUCCGCGCCCCAGUUCAAGCGUCAUCCUGGUAUCGCCCAGAAACGAAGUCCUCCUACUCCAUCGCGUGAAAACCUCUACAUCCUUCGCCUCCGCCCACGUAUUCCCCGGAGGGAACCUCUCAGCGCAAGAUGGCCCAUGUCCACCCGCCGAGGAUCUCAAGCGCCACGACGAUGGCCGGUGGUACCGCAACGCGGCGAUCCGAGAGCUCUUCGAAGAGAGCGGCAUUCUCCUAGCCAAAGACAAAAUCUCAGGCCGGAUGCUUGCGCUUCCCGAGGAACAACGCGAACAGGGCCGACGCGCCAUCCACCAGAACCAGAUCACCUUUGCAGAAUGGUUGGAGCAGCAGAAUGCCAACGCGGCGCCGGAUACAGAACACUUAAUCCCGUUUACUCGAUGGAUCACCCCCGCAAAUAACACUCGACGAUACACGACGCAGAUGUACUUGUACUUCCUUCCUCUGCCUGCCGAUGCGACGGACCCAGUUCUCGGUGAGAUCCCGCCUGAGGGACAGCGGGAGGAAAUCCAGGUUCCGACGAGCGAUGGCGGCGUCGAGGUUACGGAGGCGAGGUUUCUUCCCGCCUCUGGGUGGUUGCGUAUGGCGCAGAGCGGCGAGGUCAUGCUCUUUCCUCCGCAGUUUCUUCUGCUGCAUCUGGUGGCUGGGUUCUUGGAUAAGGACCCCGGCGUGGUGAACUCACUGCACGAGUUGCAGAGGCGGCGGGAUGAGCUUACGGAGUUCGUGGCUACGGGUCAGCCGCCUUGGUCGGAGAAGUGCAUCUCUCCGAAGAUGCUGAAGAUGUCUUCUGAUGGACGGGCGGUGCUGGCUUUGGACCAGCCGGGUCCUGAACUGAGAGGUACAGAUAGACAAGGGGAGCCGGAUCGGGUUGUGCUUGUGAAGUUCGAGCGGGGCUCGGCGCGUGAUCUGGAGGUGCGAUGGAAGAAGGAUGCCUUUGAAGAGAAGAGUAGCCUAUGAGGGCAAUGCAAGCAUUGCUGUCAUUGAUAUGGGCUUCUCGCCAUGGAUAGAGUCAGACUCAGCCCGCCGUCCUUUCGGAAUUUAGAGCCA